UCCAGUUCAACUCCCUGACACUUCCCUGAACAUUUCGGCAGAUCAGUCCGCGAAUGCCUGUGGAUCUGUAGGCUAGACUGGAUAGCUAGGACCUGUUGUACAAGGAAAGAAGGGACAAGGAGCUUCAGGAUGCAAGCGAUAAACUUGGACACGUUCAGCUUGUCUCUGCUCACCGCCAAAGAGGACAUCCUGAACUGCCGCGCAUCCACAGACUGGGCGCUGUUCGCAUACGAUGGAUUCACCAAUAACCUGAAGCUCUUCGAUUCUGGAACUGGAGGCUUGACAGAAUUAACCCAGAAGUUUAACACUGCCAAACCCAUGUAUGGACUGUGCAGUAUCAAACUGCCUGACGUGGGACAGCCACGGAUAGUCUUGAUUUGCUGGGUUGGAGAGGAUGUGGAUGAGUUUCGAAAGACAGAAUGUGAAAGUCAUGUGCCUGCAGUCAAACAAUUCUUCAAGGAAGCCCAUGCGUUCAUCAGUGCCUCUAAUAAAAAUGAUCUGGCUGAGGAAAAGAUUGCAGCUGUUUUGGCCAAAGUUCGGCCGCCAAUGGAGAGAUUUAGAAGAAACUCAAGACCAACAGAAAAAGAAGAGACAGUGGGAACAAACUACAGGAAGACCAACGCUGCCAUGGAGAUGAGACGGAUUAACAGAGACUCCUUCUGGGCACGUGCGGAGCGUGAGGAAGAGAGGAGGAAGGAGGAGGAGAAGAGGAAGGCUACGGAUGAAAGGAGACGCCUGGAAAGAGAAAGGGUUAUGCAGGAAACGAAAGAGGCUGAGGAGAGAGAUAGGAAGAUGAAUCAAAAAAUGCAAAUGAUUGAGGAGCAAAGGAAAUUGGAUGCCAAGCGUCAAGAAGAAUUCAGAAAAAAGGAGAAAUCUCGAUGGGAGGUGCAGCAGAGAGAGCAUGAAGAGGAGAUGAGGGCUCGCCUUAGACACAGUGAAUCCAUAGAAAAAGCAGCCGAGGCAGCAGUCCUCAUUUCCCAGCGCUCCAUAAACCCAAGAGAGUUUUUCAGGCAACUUUCGCAAAGCUCCAUCAGCCCUUCAUCCCCACGCUCAGGCAAACCUCCAUUCCGUCGCUACCAGCGCAGUUUGACAGACACCGCCUUCAUCUUCGAGCGAGCCAGCACCGGUAGCGGUCCAACUUCUCCACUCAGUCCAUCCGUCACCUCCCCCUUUUCUCGCACACCGACUAGCCCCUUCAAUCGCAGCAUGUCCCCGACCAGUCCAGGCUUCCGUCCAAUAACAUCUCCCAAAAGCCCUCGCGCCCCUCUGAGGACUCCUCCCGCAUCUCCUGUUGAGCGCUCUCCACCACCCUUGUGCUUUUUGCCCAGCCUGCCAGAUAUCAAAGCUCCACCCCAGUCCUGCCUUCCUGAGCUUCCUGCUGCCCAGCUCUCUGAGGUCACUGAAUCUUCAAGUGUGGUCGAGAGCAAAUCAUUCAGUGUAGAAGUUAGUGCGCAGGAACCUGCUACUAUUCCAGAUGCUCCAUCCGCACCACUGCCUGAGAACCCAGUUCCUUUAAAGGCCUCAGAGCUCCUUCUUGACACCUGCGUACCAAGUGAGAUGGAGGACUUGGACAUCAUAGUUGGCCCAGAGACUCCAGAGCCAAGAUUACCAUUGGAACCAUGUAUCUCCUGUCUCCCAGCCGAAGAAAUAUCCUUCCGCUCUCAGGAUCUAGUUGAAGCCCAGGAGGCUGUCAUGCCACGAUCAGAACCCGUUAAGGUUUUCCCUCUUAUUGAGGUGGAUGAACCGAUAGAGGAGGAAGAACCUGAGCAGGAGGAAACUGAAGAAACAGCAGAGUUUAAUUCAAGCGAGAAACAACCAGAGUUUGAAACGUCAACCAGUGUUGAAGCUACCCUCGUGGAAGAGAUUGAUGUGGAUGUUAGAUGUGAAGCAGAGAUGUAUGUGGUGGAGAAGACUGAGAACUUUGUGAUUGAAGAAGAAAGACCAGACCAAAAUGGUUUAUGGGCUGAGAAUGGUACAGCCAAAGAGUAUGAUGAUUCCUCUGACCACAGCACACCAGAGAAGUGUACUUACAUAGUCAAUCGUGAGGAAAAUGAGCAAGAUGACUCGCACAGUGAAGAGGCAGAGAAUGAAGAGUCCUCCACAGACCGUCCGGUUCUGCGUGUCCGAGCGCUCUAUGACUACCAAGCAGAGGAUGACAGCGAGAUUUCCUUCGAGCCCGGGGACAUCAUCAUGGGCGUUGAAACAGUGGACGAAGCCUGGUGGAGGGGUUUCAGCAAAGAUGGUCGUCAAGGUCUCUUCCCUUCCAACUAUGUGGAGACCAUCUAAAGGACUUUUUUUUUUUCUUUUCUUUCAGAGACAGUUCUUUGUCUCUUUUGAAUCAGUACCAGCGCUCAGGGACCAAAAGCUUUGGGGUAUCCAGCAGAGGGAGCUAAAACAUGCUCCAAGUCUUCUGGCUGUACCACAGUGAAGGUACUAAUAGACCAAUGGGACAAAAGAGACAACAACAAAUAAAUAAAAUGAUCGGAGAUCAGUGCUUGGGCAACUGGUGAAGUGAGACAGGUUGCGUGAAGUUAUUCCGAACCAUCUACAGAUUAUUGUUUUUGUUUAUUAUUAUGACAUAUGAUAUGAGGCUCAGCAGUAUGUUUGACUCUUGGUUAUGUUUCUAACACGAAAAUCAGUUGUUCUGAUCGUUAUGAUAUUGACUGAUUUAUGGCUUUGUAACGCUAAUGUUAGAUAUAGUAACUAUAAGCCUUGUUACAGCUGCAUUUAGAGGACGUAUCGUUUUAUUGUUUAUUAUCGGGAUAAAUCCUAUAUUACCUAUAAAGUUUUUAAAGUGCUGCUGAGCAGAUUUUGUUGAUCCACUUUGUAUUGUAUUUCCAUUGGGCUUAUGCAAUAUUGAUUUUUCCCUGCUUAUGAUUUACAAUAAACUUAGGCAAAAAAAAUGAAUAAUCCAGAACAAAAAUCAAGCAUUUCCACCAUUACAGGUUUAAAGAGGGCAUCAUAACAUCAGCAGUCAGGAACUGCUUGCUGGCAGAAGAAGAUGAGAGAUUUUUUUACUCAAACAUACAGUGAUGAAUUUUAUUUCACCAUUAAGGCAGAACGUUUUCUCAGUACGCCAGAGCCAUGAUUGUACUGGCCUCCCAGGAACUCCUUUUAGGGGCUCAAAAAUGGCUUGUCCACUUGAAUGGACAUACUCAGCUUCCUUAUGUUCUGAUGUUUUACUGUGGCUAAGCGUCUCAUCACUGUACUAGUCUUCUGUAAAUCUCAAUCGGUUUUAUGCCUUCAUUCACAAGCCCCAGUUUGAUUUAAAUGCCCCUCAUAGUAUCACUUGCACAUCGUGGCAUUGUAUUAUUACUGUAUGUUGGAAAGAUCACAUUAUUGCACAAGCCUAAUGUAGACCCGAGUUGUGUUUCACUCUGUAUUUUGUGGGUAAUAAUGUGGUGAGGAUGACUUUUUACUAACCAACACCUGACUGAGGUCAAAUAAGGCAGUCUGGUUUUACACUGUAUUUGUACUGAGUGAAACCUUUAAUAGACACAAAUUCAAUCCAGACUCACUGAUGUAAUAUAAAAAAUACGAUAAAAAUUAUUUAUCGCCGAUAUGAGAAAUCUAGCAAUUAACUUUUCAUGGAAUUUACCAUUUUCAAAUUUCUUUUUCUUUUUUUUAUCAAACACUGCUACAUAAGAUUACACUCAACUCUACUGUUUUAUACCUAUCGACCACCUGACAGCAUCUUGUGUGUGGUUCACUUUUUCAUCAGUUAAUUAAAGAUCUAUAUCUUGUAUUUAA